AUGAGUAAGGGACCGGGUCUCUUCUCAGAUUUCGGAAAAAAGGCAAAAGAUCUACUGACGAGGGACUACCUCUCUGAACACAAAUUCUCUGUCUCCACCUACAGUGAAUCUGGAGUGGCCCUUACAACAUCCACGGUGAAAAAAGGAGGGUACUCAUCUGGUGACGUGGCAGCCCAAUACAAAUACAAUAAUAUUUCUACUGAUGUCAAAGUUGAUACAGAAUCAAAUAUCUCAGCAACUUUUACUGUUGCUGAAAUUGUCCCGUCAUCAAAGACCAUUGCUACAGUGAAAUUCCCCAAUUACGAAUCUGGCAAGCUGGAGUUCCAAUACUUCCACCCACAUGCAUCCCUUACUGCAGCUGUUGGCCUGAACCAAUCCCCUCCACUCGAUCUUUCAGUCACCCUUGGUACUCCCACCUUUGCUCUGGGUGCAGAGGCUGGUUAUGAGACAACUACUGGUAAAUUAACAAAAUAUACUGCAGGAAUCACCGUGACAAAACCAGAUUCUUGUGCUUCAAUAAUUUUGGGUGACAAAGGAGACAUGAUAAAGGCAUCUUACAUACACUACCUAGAUCAAUUGAAGAAGAGUGCUGCUGUGGGAGAAAUCACCCGAAAAUUCUCCACAAAUGAGAACACGUUUACAGUUGGAGGUUCUUAUUACAUAGAUGGCCUUACAAGCGUGAAAAUGAAGCUCAAUAAUCAUGGCAUACUAGGUGCUGUUUUGCAGCACGAGCUCAUAGGGAAAUCAUUGGUGACUCUAUCUAGCGAGUUUGAAACCAAGGCCUUGGAUAAGACACCCAGAUUCGGUGUGGCCCUUGCUCUAAAGCCUUGA